AUGAAGUUGUUUUUUAUCCAUAUUGCAAGAUCUGUUGAAUCUGGUUCCGGUCGCAGCAAAGUUCCAUCAACAAAACCAAAUUUGUUCUUGGCAAUGUUAAGGGACGUUCCGCCUAGUCAUUACUUGUUAAAAUUUCAGUCUUUCUCAUCUCUUAACAAUUUAAACAAGUUCAUCUCAGACAAGUUUGAUGCUGGGGGCUUCAAAUGGAAAUUGUGUCUCUAUCCAAAUGGGGACAAGAAGAUUAAAGGGGAAGGUCAUAUAUCUGUGUACUUAGAAUUGGCAGAAAUGAGUUCUCUCCCAACUGGGUGGGAAAUCAAUGCAAUUUUCAAUUUCUUUGUAUUUGAUCAGCUUCAGGACAAGUAUUUUACUAUUCAAGAUGGCAAAAUAAGGCGUUUCCAUUCAAUGAAGACAGAAUGGGGCAUCUCCAAAUUCUUGGACCUAGAAACGUUUCGUAAUCCAUCAAACGGAUACCUUAUCAAUGACACUUGUGUCUUCGGUGCAGAGGUUUUUGUUGUCAAAAAUACUUUUAAGGGGGAGUUUUUAUCAAAGAUGGAAGAAUCUACUACUACUUAUUAUCAUACCUGGAUAGUUAAAAAUUUUAAGACCCUGACUGGUAUAAGAUACAUUUCUGAAUCAUUCGGACCAGACAAAUGGUUUGUAUAUGCUUGA